CCAAUAUAUCCUAAACAUCCCUUUGUGUGUGGUAGCAGUUAGACAGCAAAGUUGCAUGAAAGCGACAAUGAUCAGUCGCGACACUUCGGAAAUUUCAUCGCAGUCGAUACUUUUCGAGAAUGACGUUUAUAUCUCGCGUGCGCGAAACGGGAUGGCAUGUGUUCCGCGGGGCUCUUUUCUGGCUGACUGAAGUCCCUCGAUCCCUCGCUCUUCCAUCGAGCAAUCAUCGGAUUUUAAGGCUGACGUGCGUGCAGCGGCACACAGUAGUAGAUCAGGCAAUGAAACAUAGGGCACCAAUGUAUGCAAGCAGGGUAGUUAGAAACAGUUCAUGAUGGAUACAAGCCCCAUUAAUAACGCAGAGCAACAUGUUACAGUGGAAAAGCAAGGAAACAUAUGCCUAAUUGGUAUCAAUCGGCCGGAAAAGCGAAAUUGUGUCAACAUGGCUACGGCUCGACAGCUUCAGAACGCAUUUCAAGAGUUUGAACAGGAUGACAGUGUUGCUGUUGCAAUUCUUCAUGGGAAAGGUGGAACAUUUUGUGCUGGGUUUGACCUUGAAGAACUGUCACAAAAAGAAAACUUCAACAUUCCGCAGGGCAGUUCGCCAAUGGGGCCUUCACAUAUGUUGACGAAGAAGCCCACGAUAGCUGCCAUUAGUGGAUAUGCUGUUGCCGGUGGCCUUGAGCUGGCACUUUUAUGCGAUCUUCGUGUCGUUGAAGAUACUGCUGUCAUGGGUGUCUUCUGCCGACGCUUUGGUGUGCCGUUGUUAGAUGGAGGCACAGUGCGCCUCCCAAGGCUAAUUGGGCUCUCGCGGGCUCUGGACCUGAUCUUGACAGGGCGGCCAGUAACAGCGAAAGAAGCCUUUGAAAUUGGACUGGCCAACAGGAUAGUAGCAUGUGGCACUGGCCUAGGGCAAGCAGUGUCCCUUGCUGGAUCCAUAGCGAAAUUUCCACAAGGGUGCGUCCAAGCGGAUAAAGCGUCAGCCUACUACAGCAGUUUUGACAGCAGGAGCCUGCAAGAUGCCCUGAACUUUGAGCAUGAGACGGGGACAAAAGUGAUUUCUUCUGAAGCAAUUAAAGGUGCAAAGAAAUUCAUGACGGGAGUUGGACGUCACGGGAGCUUCAACCUAUUUCAUCCUGCCAAAGAUUCUAGAGAAACGUAGACCCCACCGAAUGUGAUGUAUGACUUCAAGGAAAUUUACUGAUGUGCUAGUAAAUAGGGCAAUGAUUGUG